AUGAGAUGGAAAUAUGAUGUGUUUGUGAGCUUUAGAGGUGAAGACACCCGCAACAAUUUCACCGAUCACCUCUUUGGCGCUCUUCAUAAUAAAGGCAUUGUUUCCUUCAGAGAUGAUACAAAGCUCAAGAAAGGGGAACAUAUAUCAUCUGAACUUCUACAAGCUAUUCAAGGAUCCCGUAUUUUGAUUGUAAUCUUCUCAACAAACUAUGCUUCUUCCACGUGGUGCUUGCAAGAACUCGCAAAAAUUGCUGAUUGCGUUCUUCAAGUAUCAGGACAAACUGUUCUACCUAUUUUCUACGAUGUUAGUCCAUCUCAUGUAGGGAAGCAAACCGGAGAUUACGAAAAAGCAUUUCGGGAGCAUGAAGUAAGAUUCAAAGAAAAUUUAGAGCAAGUGCAAAGAUGGAGGAGAGCCCUCACACACGUAUCCAAAAUCUCUGGUUGGGAUGUAAGGGAUAAGCCACAUUAUGCAGAGAUUGGAAAAAUUAUUAAAGAGGUAACAUGCUUAUUGGGAAACAAAUCUUCAAUUUUACCUGCCGAUAUAGUUGGGAUGAACUCACCAGUGGAAGAACUAGAAAAUCUUCUGGUUUUGGACUCAGAUGAUGAUGUUCGAGUUGUAGGGAUUUGUGGAAUGGGUGGAAUAGGGAAGACAACUCUUGCUACUGCCUUGUAUGCUAGAAUCUCCAAUCAAUUUGAUGCUUGCUGCUUUAUUCAUGAUGUAAGUAAAAUUUAUGGAGACCAUGGGCCAAUUGGAAUACAAAAACAACUUCUUUGUCAAACUCUAAAUGAAGAAAAUCUUCAGAUAUCCAAUCUUCCUAUGGCAUCUAAUUUGAUUCGAACUAGGCUAUGUCAAAUAAAAUCCCUUGUUGUUCUUGAUAAUGUUGAUGAAGUUGAGCAACUGGAUAAAUUGAACAUGAAAAGAGAAUGGCUAGGCACAGGGAGUAGAAUAAUCAUUAUUUCUAGAAAUGGGCAUAUCUUGAGAGAGCAUGGAGUAGAUGAAGUAUACAGAGUUCGACUCUUGGAUCGUAAAUAUGCCCUUCAAUUGUUUUGUAGGAAAGCUUUCAAAACUGAUGAUAUCAUGAGCGGUUACAUAUACUUGACAUAUGAUGUGCUAAACUAUGUCCGUGGCCUUCCACUAGCAAUUAAAGUGUUGGGCUCAUUUCUAUAUGGCCGAGAUGUCUCUGAGUGGAGAAGUGCAUUGUCAAGAUUAAGAGAUAAUCCAAGGAUAGAUAUUAUGAAUGUACUCCGAAUGAGUUUUGAUGGAUUAGAGGAUACAGAAAAGGAUAUAUUUCUAGAUAUUGCUUGUUUCUUUUAUGAAAAAGAUGAAACAAUCGUGAAGAGAGUUUUAGAUUUUCGUGGUUUUCAUCCUGGAAUUGGUUUAAGAGUUCUCAUUGAUAAAUCAUUCAUAACCUGUGAAAAGCAGAAAAUUUGUAUGCAUGAUUUGUUCAGAGAACUGGGAAAGAGUAUUGUUAGAGAAAAAUCACCCAAAGAACCAAGAAAGUGGAACAGGUUGUGGGAAUACAAGGAUGUCCACAGUGUUAUCUCAGAAAACAUGGCAACAAAAAACCUUGAAGCCAUAGUGUUGCAGCGUUGUCCAGAAAACGAUGGAGUAAUACCAGAGAUGACAACAUUGAGGGCUGAAGGUUUAGAACAAAUGAGACGCCUUAAAUUGCUCAUGCUAUGGAAUUUGAAUUUCUCAGGAAGUCUCAAUUUUCUUUCAAGUGAAUUGGGGUAUCUUUAUUGGGGUAAAUACCCUUUCACUUGUUUGCCAUCAAGUUUUCAGCCACAUAAACUUGUUGAACUGAUCCUACCUCGUAGCAACAUCGCGCAACUAUGGGAGGGCACAAAGGUUCUACCUAAUUUGACACAUAUUGAUCUCUCUCACUCGAAAAAUCUUAUUAAGAUGCCAAAUUUUAAGGAGAUUCCAAAUCUCGAGAGCCUAGCUCUUGAAGGAUGUAUAAAACUAGUGAAGAUUGAUCCAUCCAUUGAAAUUCUAUAUUUAGGGGGGAACAAUUUUGUGAUACUACCUUCUAACAUCAAGGAACUUUCCAAACUUAGAAGAUUAAACUUGCAACACUGUAAGCAGCUGAAAUAUUUGCCUGAGCUCCCAUCAAAUAAUGUCUUGCCAACAAGAAGAACAACAUAUUUAAGAACUGUCGCUGAAUUUAAUAUUUUUGACUGCCCCAGUUUAAUUGAUGUGGAAUGUUGUUAUAUAAUGGCUUUUUCUUGGAUGAUACAAUUUCUUCAGAUGCACAUGCAAUCCGAGAUCCCAAUAGAACAGAUUACAAUUGUUAUUCCCAAAACUGAAAUUCCAAUGUGGCUCGACAAACAAAAUGUAGGUAGUUCAAUAAGCAUGGAUCCAUCACCCAUUAUGGAUGACAAGAAUUGGAUAGGUGUUGUUUGCUGCUUAACAUUUGUAGCACAUGAUAAUCCCACUACUUUAAGUAAAGAACAGCCUCGUAUUUACUUUGGUUUUCAAAGUAAUCAGCAUGGUCGUGGGAACUAUUCAAUUAUUCCCAUACGUCUUGAAAAAGAUCUGGUCACAGUUGAUUUAAAUCACUUGUUGCUAAUUUUUUUCAGCAGGGAAGAAUUUAUUGGUUAUUAUAUGACCUAUCUAACAGAGGUAUUGCAUGAUAUUAGUUGUAUUGAAUUGAGAGCUAUAGUUAGGCAGCCCCUUGGUUUGCACUUGGAGGUAAAAAAUUGUGGUUAUCGUUGGAUAUUUAAGGAAGAUCUGGAACAAUUAAACUCACAAAUGUACAAUGGAAAUUCGUCAAUUCAGCCAUAUUAUUGA